AUGGAUCAUCCAGAGCCAAUAUCUAAACGUCCAAUGGAAAUACCACAAUGUCGUAAAGGUUUUACACUAGAAGAGGCAAGAAAUUUCGUUGAUCAAAUUAUGGAAGUAUUUCGAAGUUUAGAAGAUAUGUCAGAUCUACGAUCAAUGUAUGAAACGGGUAAACAACUAAGUCGAGCUUAUUUUGACUGUCAUUCAUGUCGAAUUGAAUUAGCUCAACAUUUAACUAAUUGUGAUUAUCCAGCGUUUGCAUCGAAAAUGAUGAAGAAAUUAAAUAAUAUGGGGGUGUUUAAAAAUGAUGAUAUUUGGUUUUCAUCAUUUUACUUUUAUAAUACAACAUGGAAUUUCUCUGAUAUCUGGCCGGAAUUCGCUACUGCUUUAGCUACUGCUGGUUUACCAAACUUACUCAAUUUAAAUAUUGGCCAUCAACCUUAUUUGGAGAAUUUAAGCAGUAAAAAUGUGUACUACCUUAUUAAAGCUAGUCUAUCCAUUAUUCAUAAUAUAGCUCGUGUUCCUGGUAAUAUACAUUAUUUCGCCUCAGAAUCAGUUCGACAGGCAUUAUUACACUUAGCUCAACGUGAAGAAGAAUUUCUACGUUGUGUUUCUACACUUUGUUUAGCGCAUAUUGUUAAUGAAUCCGAAAUUCAUUUGAUCACUGAUACAUCGACAGGUGGCAUAGAUUUACUACGUAUACUGUUUGGAUAUGUUACUUCUGCCCGUGUUUCUGAGAAAAGAAGAUGUCAUGGAUUUCAAGUGCUUGAAUUGCUGUCUGCUGUGGCUGCUCUAUCGGUUCAUGAUCCUAUCAAAGCUAGUUUAUUAUCCUCAUCUGUUGGUGGAAAUUUAGUUUCAGUUGGGAAUAAUCAAAGUACAGAACAUGGAAUGACAUGUUUAAGCCUACUCAAGGAAUUAAUUGAAACUGCUUUACUUCCCAAUUCUAGUCCUGUUUCUAUUAGAGAGGCAGAGGAGGCAGUACGUAUUCUAUGGAAUACUGUUUUUGAUCCAUCUGUCUGUACAGGAGUAUUACAAACACAGUUGAACAACUGGUUGAAUGAAACCAUGACUGCUCAUGCUACAUCUUUACAGUCUUGCAAAGCCCUUUUGCGUGCAAUGGAAUCUAUUAGUUGGCAACUAAACAAUCCUAUUUCUAGAAGUUUGAAAAGCGAACCUAUAGAAUGUGGCCCAGUAUUACUGUGUUUUGCCCCAUCUAAUCGCAUCGCUGUUAACCGUAUAGCUGAUCGUUUAAGAGACGCUGGUAUACUGCUUAACAGUAUUCCUUUCUGUCCUGAAAUAAUAUCAUCUGCUGAUGCUUCGGCAACUGGACUCAGUAUGUGCGGUAGUAAUGCAGUAAAUGAUGCUCAAUGGAUAGAGUCUGUAGAACAAGCUUCUGUGAUGAUUGCAUUUAUGAGUGAUUCCUUCCGAUUAAGUCCUGGCUGUCGACUGGAAGUGGAGUAUUUUUCUAGUUUUGAUACUAAUACAUAUGCAAAACCUAUUAUCCCUGUUGUAUUACAACCGAAAUUCAAAUUAACUGGCUGGUUAUCUCGCCUCAUCGCCCAGCAUCCUAUUGAUUUCAAUGGCAAACGUGAUCCGGAAGCUAGCUAUGAUGCUCUGAUUAGCCAGGUAAAGGAGUGUUAUUCUGAAGCAAAGAGGCGUGCCGAAGCUGCAGCUGCACAGCAUCAUUCUACUACUGAUAGCAAAAGACACCUAGCAAUUGCUGGUGACACGGGGGUGCCUGGAAUACCAAACUCAGAUGUUACUGUGAAUCAUUUCGGCGCAAAUCCUGUUGCCAGUAACCGUGGUUCUCUUGGUCUGGCUUCAGGUACUAAACGUGAGGACGGAAUUCCUUUUUCCUGUCAUCCUGGAUUAUCUACGAUUUCUACUCAAAAUAUGGUUCAUCUGCAGCCCAAUGUUAUAUCCCGACCUCUAGCCACCAGUGCAUGGCGUCAUGCCAUUCGUCCAUCGGUUCGUAAUUGGUCUACAUGUAAAGUUGCUUCUUGGUUGAAAUUCCGUGGGUUAGGUCAUGUACCUUCCCAAAUAGCUGGCGGUAUCGAUGGCGUUCUAUUAUCUCAGCUAGCUGGUUUACGUAUUUGGGCUCCAGAAUAUUUCACACAAUGUUUACGGUCUGAAUUAGGUCUUGGUUUCGCUGAUUCUCUUCGAUUUUUGGAGGCAUUGGACGAGCUAGCCCCAGGAGACAGUGAUGGACAUGAAGUUGAAGAUGGAGAUGACUGUGUAGAUGGUCGUACCCAUAUGGGAAAUUUCGAUGGUGCAGCAUCUAGAGCGUAG